AUGGAGCUGAAAAAGUGGGUUCUUUGUCGGAAACAAUCACUCUUCUUGAUUUCUUGUCUUACUCUGCUUUACCUCGCGUCCUCAGAUACUAUAUCGAGUGAAUCAACUACGAAUGCAACUGAAUUCAAGAAUAGAUCUCACAGAGUUUCUUGUCUUCCUGAUUGGUUUAUUGGACCAAACCAAACUAAAUGCUAUGGUUACUUCAGAAACUUCACUACAUGGGAAAAGUCAGAGAUGUUGUGUAGAAGCUAUGGUGGUCACUUAGCAUCGCUUGUAUCGAAUAAAGAACUUAGCUUUGUUCAGAAACUAUGCGUUGGAAAUAGUAACAGUUGUUGGAUUGGAGGAAGAAGCUUGAAUUCUUCUUCUACCUCGGGUUUUCGUUGGAGUUGGUCUGAUCCUAACACUCCUCAGUGGAACCAAUCCAUGUUUCCUAAAGUGCCGAUUCGUACACGGUGUGGAAAUGGUAAUGGCAGUUCAUCUUGUCGUGGUAAUAUCUGUAUAGCCAUGACUAACGGUUCAUCGCCAAUCUUUGGUGAAAGAUGUAACGCGUCUCGUGCUUUCAUUUGCUCGGUUGAUUCUGAUGUCAAAUGUCGUAAUUGUCACGGUGAAUAUAAGAUUAUCCUCUUAGUUGUUAGCGGUUUAAUUCUCUUCACAACAUUUGCCAUUAUAUUAUGGUUCCUUAUCUACAAACGGAGCAAGAAGCGUCGGAAAUCCCGAAAAGUAUCAAAUCCAGCUUCGUCUUCUUCAGCUUUAGUUCCUCCCUCAUGGAAGAUCUUCACUAGCGAAGAACUGAGAUCAAUGACAAAGAAUUUCAGCGAAGGAAACCGUCUUGCCGGGGAUGCAAAAACCGGGGGAACCUAUAGCGGCGGUUUAUCAGACGGGACGAAAGUGGCGGUUAAGAGAUUGAAAAGGUCUAGUUUUCAGAGGAAGAAGGAGUUCUACUCUGAGAUUAGAAGAGCGGCAAAACUUCAUCACCCGAAUGUAGUGGCUAUCAAAGGUUGUUGCUAUGAUCACGGAGAGCGUUUCAUUGUUUAUGAGUUCAUAGCCAAUGGACCGCUAGACCGAUGGCUGCACCAUGUGCCUAGAGGUGGUAGGAGCUUGGACUGGAACAUGAGACUGAACAUUGCCACAACUCUUGCUCAAGGAAUCGCGUUUCUCCACGACAAGGUCAAACCGCAAGUAGUGCACCGCGACAUCCGAGCGAGCAACGUGCUUCUCGACGAGGAGUUUGGAGCUCAUCUAAUGGGUGUUGGUCUCUCAAAGUUCGUCCCAUGGGAAGUAAUGCAAGAGAGAACCGUAAUGGCAGGUGGAACCUACGGUUACCUCGCACCCGAAUACGUGUACAGAAAUGAGCUCACCACCAAAAGCGAUGUCUACAGCUUCGGAGUCCUUUUGCUAGAGAUUGUGAGCGGUCGUAGACCGACUCAAGCUGUUAAUUCCUCGGUUGGUUGGCAGAGCAUAUUCGAAUGGGCUACACCGUUGGUUCAAACAAACCGGUGGCUAGAGAUUCUCGAUCCGGUCAUAACAAGUGGUUUACCGGAGUCGAGUGUGGUUCAGAAAGUUGUGGACUUGGUUUAUUCUUGUACUCAAAAUGUUCCAUCGAUGCGGCCUAGAAUGUCUCAUGUGGUUCAUCAGCUUCAACAAUUGGUCCAACCAUCAGAGGUUAAGUAG